UGCCCGGGGCGCCCGGGACCCCCGGGACCUGGACGUGUUUUGCGGAGCAUGCAGGGCCCUGAUGGACGAGGUGGAGUACGACAUCACCAAGGCUCGGCAGAAGAAGACCAAGGUGGGCUCCUUCCGAGUCAAUCCUGACGGGACGCAGGAGAGGAGAAAGAUCCCCUUAGCCCAGUCGGAGGCGUUCCUGACAGACCUCUUGGAUAAAGUGUGCGAGCGAAUGAAUGACUACAGGCUUGAAGAAGACCCUGUGACUAAGGAGAAGACUUUCAAGAGAUUUGCUCCAAGGAAGGGAGACAAAAUAUACAAAGAAUUUAAAAAAUUCUAUUUUUAUUCUGAUACUUACAGAUCUUUGAAAUUCGCGUGCGAAACCAUAAUAGAGGAGUAUGAAGAUGAAAUAUUCUCACUUAUCGCCCAGGAGGCACACUCCCUCGCUGACGAGCUGUGCAGUGAAAAAUCAGAUCUGUGUGAAACUCCUACUGCUCACGCUGAGCUCUAGGAGUGAGGGUGCCCUGGUUAGAGGGGAGUGGAGUCCCAGCUGGAGGUGGUCGUCUGCAGCUGUGUCUUCAUGUCUCCUCCUGGGAAGAAAUCUUACAUCUCUUACUUAUACCACGUUAUCUCAUGUGUGAGGUUGUAUGAAAAUCUGUUGGGCAUCAUGACAAACCCGAUUCCCUCUCCAGGUGAAGCUGCAGAGUGCGUAAAACAAAUUACCUUUGAGGAUUUUGAUACAAAUAGGCUUGGCAGUAAAGCAUUCAAUUUGGUAAAAGGAAAAAAGUGAAGACACUUCAUAAAUGAAAUAAGGAUUUAAUAAUGUAUACUGUGUAUUUUAUGCACAUAUACAAGUAUAGUGUUCUGUUUGAUAAGAACUUGAUUUGACUUCUUAAAUUUUGAUUGGUCAUGAAAUUAAGAAAAUAUAUUGCCACAAAUUCCAGAUUAUGUCUUCUGAGUUUAUAUGGCUAUUGGUGAAAGAAACGAACUCACUUUAUAUCAGGAAUGAAAGUUAAAUUUCUAGAAACCUUAAGUUUAAAAACUUUUUAAUCUCUAAAAUUUAAUUGAAUGUGUAAAAAAUAAUGAAUACUUUGCUAGUGAACAAUAACUAUAUUGACCUUUCUUACACAUAUAUUUUGAAUUCAAGUGAUUUAGAACGUUGAUUUAUUAUUACGUCAUGUAUUCUUAAAAGAUGACACCAAUGACCAUGUUUUGUUUGGCUGAAAGCUCUCCUGUUGUGUUUUUGUUUUUUAAAGACUUUCAUCUGGCAUUUGGUGUGUAGAUUUUACUACUGACUAACCCAUCCUUCUUCUGUGCAGGUGUUUUUGUAGGUGUAGAGUUGGAAGGAGAGGUUGGGCCUUAUGGGAAGUUACCGUUUGACCACAACUCAAUCCCGGAGUGUAGGAAAAAGAGCUCUCGGACAGCUCUUUGUCUCUGUUAAAUUUCAUUUGAUGGAAUCUGACUUUAAUUAUUUAAAAUGUCAGGGCAUAUUCUACACUUGUUUUAAAAAAGGAAUUCUCGUUGUUGUUGUGAGAAUUUAUGGGGU